CGAAACAGCAUGGCCGAACCCAACUCACCGCACUACGUCGAGGUGGACAUGACGCCGUCGACAGCUGACGCACUCGUCCGACGCAAGCUUCCAAAGUUGUCUCAAGUCGUGCAGGUGGAAGCCAUCGCUGUUGGCUGGAACAAUCGGUGCUUUUCGUUGACCACGGCCGACGGCUGUGAAUACGUCCUGCGUGUGACUAAGGACACAUGGCCCGCAUCGAAAAUCAUCGCCGAAGCGGCUGGCCUGGCGGCUCUAGCUCAUUACAAAGUGGACAUUCCCGUACCAGCCUUGAUCGGGGACGAUGCUGGAUGCGGUGUGGGAUGCUGCCAACGACGACGAGCGCGCCGCAAUUGGUGCCCAAAUUCAUAAAAUCCACACGGAAUUGCAAAACCACCGCUUCGACCGCAUUGGAGGGUGGAUAUUUGACCAUCCCGACAACACGACUCCGGUGCUCGGGCCAUUCUUUGAAGGGUAUGGCCCCUUUAACUCGGAACGCGAGUGGCUACAGCACAAGUUUGACAGCCAAGUUCUAAAGGCGACCACAAACAUGGCUUUGGAAGCACUGCGCGAGUACAUCCCUGCCGCCACUGCGAUUGUCAAGGCCUAUCUGAGCUCUAUGUCGGAGUGUCCAGUGGUUCUCUUUCACGGCGACUUUGCAUUUCGCAACAUGCUCGUGGACCAUGGUGUGAUCGUGGGCAUUUUGGACUGGGAAUGGUGUGGUGCUAUGCCCAUGUGGAAGGAAUGGGGCGACGUCUCGUUCGGAGACCGCCACGUGUACGACUACGUCCCGUCCUUUGUGUAUCCAAACCCUGCUGAACUCGACUCCCGACAACGCUUGUUUCAACUGAUUGAAGCAUUUUCGCCCUGGCAAAUGGGAUGCUGGCCGGAGAAAGAUGCAACGUAUGCCGCCGGCGCCAAGCAAACGAUUCUAGCGACGUUGGAUUUCUUCUCCAGCCAGGACCGUCUAUAACGUGCGAUAAAGUUAAGCAGCACGGCGCGUGGCUGCAACGACGCACACGAAUUUGUUU